AUGGAAGAAGAUGGUAACCAUGGAGGAAAAAAAUGUAAUGAUACUCCCUAUGGAUAUAAUGCAGUAUACUCUCAUCCCUACCUGUGGGUAUUACCUGGUUGCCAAGACACUGGAACUGCCAUAAUUCUGGGCAAACGUGGAAAUUCCAUCUUUAGCGAGGGAGAUGAAUUGGCAAUAACCGGUGGAGUAUACGACGCCUAUAUGAAACAACAUUUCAGAUAUAGCCAAAUGUCCCCUCUAUCAAUGUAUGAAGAGGUAAACACCAAGUGUAACCUUCCUGCUCAAAUUGAACUUUAUUCGCAAGAUGGAAUGGAAUAUAAUCUUCUCUUCAUUGCAAAGGGUGGUGGAUCAGCUAACAAGACCUUCUUGUAUCAACAAACAAAGGCUGUUUUGAAUGAACCAACACUUGUAGAGUUCCUUAUGGAACAAAUAAAGACGAUUGGAACAUCCGCAUGUCCUCCAUAUCAUCUUGCAAUUGUUGUUGGUGGCUUGUCUGCAGAAAUGACGCUAAAAACUGUAAAGUUGGCGAGUUGCAAGUAUCUAGAUACUCUUCCAACUCAAGGAGGUCAAUUUGGUCAGGCUUUCAGGGAUAUGGAGCUUGAAAGUGAAAUUUUAAAGAGGACUAGAACAAUUGGAAUUGGGGCUCAAUUUGGAGGAAAAUACUUUUGUCAUGAUGUUAGAGUCGUUAGACUCCCAAGACACGGGGCAUCCUGUCCAAUUGGAAUCGGAGUCUCUUGCUCGGCAGAUCGCCAAAUUCUAGCCAAGAUUAAUGAAUCUGGAGUCUACUUGGAGCAACUCGAACAUGACCCAGCGCAAUAUCUCCCGGAUGUAUCUGAAACGAUCCAGGAGGCAUCAGAUGGAAAUGAAGUAAGAAUAGACAUUUCCGUUGGUAUGGAAAAGGUGCUAGAGCAAAUACGCCAGUACCCAGUAAAGACACGCAUAUUGCUGUCUGGACCUUUGAUUGUUGCCAGAGAUAUUGCGCAUGCUCGUAUCGUAAAGCAGUUUGAAGAGACUGGGAAAUUGCCAGAUUAUUUUAAAGAGUUUCCGAUAUACUAUGCAGGUCCAGCCAAGACCCCUGAAGGUUAUGUCAGCGGUUCAUUUGGUCCAACUACUGCUGGAAGAAUGGACACUUACGCACAAACUUUGAUGAAGAACGGAGCCUCGCUAAUUACUCUGGCCAAGGGAAACAGAAGUACUCAGUUUAGACGUACCUGUAAAGAGUAUGGAGCUGUUUACCUUGGCUCUGUAGGUGGUCCAGCAGCUUUGAUUGCGCAAGAGUGUAUCAAGAGUGUAGAAGUAAUCGACUUUCACGAGCUUGGAAUGGAAGCUGUGCACAGGAUUCAUGUAGAAGACUUUCCAGCGUUCAUUGUCAUUGAUAGCAAGGGAAAUGACCUUUACAUGGCUUAGCGUGUUUCCGUGUAAAGAAUGUCGAGUUCUGUGAGAUCCAGUCGUGGAUUAGUGACUAAAUCGUAUCAGGU